UCAGUGGGUGUUAUCCCGCAGGCGGAAGCGUCAUCGAACAAUAUACAAAGUUUCAAGAGGAUGGCAGACAAGAAUGUGGAUCAUGGACCGUGGACAGGAUGUGCCGUCAUAUUUCUGCAGUCACUCUGUCCUGGUGUCAACCUGCUCUCUCUCUUCAAAGACAGAGAACAGGGAAAGUUCAUCGUUUUCAAAGUCAUCAAGCUGACACUUGUAGAUUCUGCAGGAGGUCUGGCCGGUUAUCAGAUACUUAAAGUCCACGACGCCGACCCCUUUCUGGGGGUGGAGGUGAAGUUUGAGGAUGUGGCAGCUUGUCAGCAGUUCCUUGAGAGCUACAGCUCUGGAGCGAUGCGUCAGUCCCUCUCUCAACACGCCUGCCGGCUCCUUGCUCUUCCCCAGGAGUUCACAGUGGAAACUCAGCUCAAGGCAGGCACACACAUUUUGGAUCUCUAUCUGGACGAGCUGGAGCUUUGCCUACAGCACAUCCACCUGUCACAGCCGGAGCGUCUGCGCGAUGAAGAGAUCGAUCAUCUGGAGGAGCAGCUGCAGAAUCAGGCCCUCGGCCCUGCACCACAACCUCCUCCCCUCGCACAGGAGGAGUCUCCCAUCCCCAGCAACUGCUUCAAGUUUCAGAAUAAAGUGUUUGAGGACCGAAUGCUGACAGCGGCAGAUGUUCAGAGCUUUUCCAACGGAGUGGGCCGUCAGUGGAAGCAUGUAGGGAGGGCCCUGGGGAAGAGCUGCCGUGCUCUGAAGGGUCUGGCUAUAGACAACCUGGCCUACGAGUAUGAGAGAGAAGGGCUGUAUGAGCAAGCCUAUCAGCUGCUCAACCGCUUCAUCCAGGCGGAGGGGAGAGCGGCGAAGCUGAGCCGGCUGGUCAAAGCACUGGAGGACUGCAAACUCACCAGCCUGGCUGAAAAUAUUCUGGACUUACAGCCAUGAGAGUAACUCUGUGUGCUUUUGUUCUGCGUGUACGAGUCGUGAAAACUGAGGGGUGACAGGUCCUCUCUGCAUGGGGAGCGGUGGACUUUGUCCUGCCUACUGUUAAUAUACAGUAUGUUUGUUCUUGAUUGACUGUCAUGCAAAAUCAUUCCUGAGAGUGUGUGUGCAUGUGUGCAUGUGUGUGUGUAUGUUUCAACACAUCUGUGUGAAUUGAGUCUUGAUUUGCUUUUCAAUUAUUAUUGUUUUCAUUUAGAUGAAAUGAUCUGUCAUCACUGUUUUAAAAGAUAUACUGUCUUGAGUUUAAUGCACUGUUCAAACUUCUUUUAUUUCAGCUUUAUAAGUCAAUUUACAGAUAAAACCUGCCACAAUUAAAGGUUAUUGAUUUUUUUUUCUACAAAAUGGGUGCAAACAAAUUAAAUGGUUGUAAAAAAAAACCCCCAAAGUCUUCAUGUU